AUGGACAGCAAAUCCCAAGUUUCAACUGCACAGAACAACAACACGAAGAGAUUCUCUCUAGAGUCCGAGUCUUCCGUCGGGCAGUUUACCCUGAAAGAGGGACAAUCCUCAGGCGAGACCAAGCCAAAGAAAUCCAGCAGACUGAGUAAAUUCUUGUCGAAGAUGCAAAGCCCUGCCGUCCGAAACGGCGCGCAGAUGCAACAGAAGGACAAGGAGGAAGAGAAGCGCACGGGGGUGAAGAAGAAGGACGAUUCGGAGAACCCGUAUGUGACGGAGUUGAUGUCUGAUUAUCGCUAUGUGCUUUGA